UGCGACCCGGAAGUGAACAAAAUUGUCAUCUCACGUCAGGAGGAAAGAUCACAACAAACCGGUUGUUCUAUGUUACUGCGUAGAUCUUAGUUUAAUAUAAACACUACAUGGUGAAAGGAGCUGCAUCAGAAGCAUGGCUCAGAAAAUAAACGAGGCCCAUGAGCACAUCGCGAAAGCGGAAAAAUAUUUAAAGACCAGUUUUAUGAAGUGGAAGCCGGAUUAUGACAGCGCUGCGUCAGAGUACGCUAAAGCAGCUGUCGCUUUCAAAAACGCCAAACAACUUGAAGAAGCAAAAGAUGCUUACUUACAAGAGGCAGAGGCUCACACCAACAACAGAACUCUUUUCCAUGCUGCAAAGGCCCUCGAGCAGGCCGGGAUGAUGCUGAAGGACAUGCAGAGGCUGCCUGAGGCAAUUCAGUACAUAGAGAAAGCCAGUAUGAUGUACAUAGAGAAUGGCACACCAGACACUGCUGCCAUGGCUCUCGACAGAGCUGGAAAGUUGAUAGAACCUGUGGAUUUAGCCAAAGCUGUGGACCUCUAUCAGAAAGCUGCAUCAGUGUUUGAGAAUGAGGAACGUCUGCGGCAGGCUGUGGAGCUGCUCGGCAAAGCGUCCCGACUCCUCGUCAGACAAAAGAAAUUUGAUGAAGCAGCAUUGUCGAUCCAAAAGGAGAAGAACAUGUACAGAGACAUAGAAAAUUACCCGACAUGUUUUAAGAAAACCAUCGCACAAGUGCUGGUUCACCUACACAGAGGAGAUUACGUAGCAGCGGAUAAGUGUGUGAGGGAAAGCUACAGUAUCCCAGGAUUCAGUGGGAGUGAGGACUGUGUUGCGUUGGAGCAGCUGUUACAGGGAUAUGAUCAGCAGGAUGAAGAGCAGGUGGCCCGCGUCUGCAACUCCCCACUGUUCAAAUACAUGGACAAUGACUAUGCUAAACUGGCCAUCACUCUCAAUGUGCCUGGAGGAGGGAAGAAGAAGAAGGCAGCUGCUGCUCCUGGAGACGGAGGAGUGAACAGUGGAGCUGAUAAGCCUGAGGAAGAGGAGGACGAGUAUGCAGGAGGACUCUGUUAGUUAGUUAGUUUGUCCAUAACAUUGCUGAUCCCAGUAUCCAUUUUCAGUCAGAUGGAGAGAUUUUCCAGGACUGUACAUCCUGCUGUUGAAAAUAAACCCCAUCUUUUUCUUUGUGUAUUUUAUGUUUAGCUUUAAUGCUUGAUCAGGAAUUGGUGAAUUGAGCCACAGCCAAAAUAAGUUCUAGGUUAAAGGAAAAAUCCACCCUGAUAUUAAUUUUUAUACUUAAUAUGCUCUCUUCAAUGGCAUCCAAGAUUUAUUUUAUAAAGAAGUUGACGCCAGCAAGCCAGCGUUUGCCAUCUCCAAUACUUUUACGUUGGGUUUUCAUUAAUAUGACAUUGAAUGCUGCAGGAAAAUGGUCCAUACCCUGACAGUUAUCCUUUAUGUUUAAGAUCUUUGACUUUUUUCUCCUAUUAAAUGCCAUUGUAACUGUGCUAGCAACAUCCCUCUCUGACGUUAGUGCAGCAGACAACACCUAACUUCUCACAGUAGUAAUGUAAAUACAGCAUCAACCAGCAAAUUAACACAACAGUUGCUAAGUACAAAUAUUUCAAUGUAAGUGUAUUUAUUGUGUUUCAGGGUGGAGUUUUCCUUUAAUCCACUCUGAGUGUUACUAGCGUAGGGGGUGUGGCUUUGCACGUUGUUGCUCAUUGCCUCUGAGAUUCCUGAUUGAGGCAUUAAGGCUAUUAUUUCAUCAUGGGAUGUAGUUGAACACUCAAGAGCAGCUUUCCACUCAGAGUGUAGUUUCUGUUACUGCACCAUGUCUUUCCCCGAGCUGCUGGAGGAAACACUCUCCAUAGCCUUAGCAUGGUUUGAUCUGCCUCAUCAAAUAAAUUCAGCAAAAAAGGGCAGUAUGCAGUACAUACAUAUCACCUGCAGCCUGAGUACUGAGGCAUAAGCAUGAUCGUUGCAUUCAGUCAUCACAGUGAUGAUUUGAAAGUUCUGGCUUUUGCAUUUCCUGACAUAAGAGUACUCUCUCAUGUGUUUAUGAAGUUAAAUAAUAAGUUUUGCAGUGUGUAAUACUGUUAUAUCUUUAUGAAGAAUAAUAAAAGAAAAGAAGAUAUAUGUAAAUUCCAAAAUACUAUAUAGUAAUAGGUGUUUUAUAGUGACAUGAAAUCAAAAGCUUAUUUAAUAUAACCUGUGUUUUUUAUUUUUAUCAUGGUAACAUGCUGUUAUAAAAAUUACCAAGUAUUACCAUGACAAUCAUCACUAGAACUUAUUAUUAUAGUAUAAAUUUUCUAAAAUCAGUACUAAAAUUUGAGUGAUAUUUAAAAUAAUUUCAAAUCUUGAUACCAGUUUACCCUACAUGCUGCAGUGUUGAAAACAAUCGUGCCUGAAAAUUUGAAUAGUCAAAGGAAACGUUAAUUAUUAAAAAUCCAUCCUUAAUCAAUCACUUACUUUAUUUUGACAUCACUCUUCAGCCACUUUUCUUCCCUCAUGUGUUUACACAUUCAAAUCCAGACUAUAUACAAAAGGUAUGCCUAAUGACUAUAUGAUUAAAAAAAAGGUGCAUGAAAUGCCUUAAUAUUACUUCCUGGAUCUUAACAGAAUGCAUUUUUCGUGCAUAUUGGUUAUGGGGAAAAACAUACUCUAUGAAUUGAAACUUCAGGGAACAAUUUCUCUUUGAAGUAGUUUAGCAAGAAAUUACUUUGCUAGGUGUUGGAAGAAAUUGAUGUAUAGUGUGACAGAUUUUGUUAGAAGAUAGCACGUACAAUUUUUUUGUCCUUAUAAUUCCACUUUGUGCUUUGAGAUGAUGUGUGCAUGUUCUAUGAAAAACUGUCUGUAAACUCUUACUCAAAAAUGUCUGAAUUGCAUGUAAACGUACUGUGUUAAUGUGUCGAAUCAACAUUUUGAUGAAAAAAGUGCAACACUUUCCUGAACCCAACAAAACUCUCAUAUAAAAUAUAAAUCUUA